UCUAUCCUACCUACAGUUUUUAGAUUUUCUAAAAAUCAUUAAUUCACACAAUCAAAAGCUUUGGAUAAGUCGAGGAAUAUUGCAGCAGCCUUAUCACCUGAAUCUAUUUUAUCUAUUAGUCUUUCAACAAGGGAUACUAUUGCAGUUUGUGUUGAUUUUCCAAAUGGAAUAAAAUUCUUUUUUUAGUAGUUGCAGAUGAACGAAUAUAAUGAUUGUAACUGUUCGCUGCCAGCUCCAGAUACAGUCACACAGUGCUCGGUAACCGUCAUCACAAAGAAUGGUCAAAGUAGAAGAUUCUUCUUCUCUGUGGAACGGUACAUUCAAAUAGGGAAGAAUAGUGUGACAUCACAAUACAUCGUCUGCAGUGACUCGUUUCCAAACAACUUGAGAAUUCUGUUCAAAUCAUAUAGGGCCAUUUUUCACACGUAAUUUAAACAUAAUUUACGAUGGUAAUGUGCUUUGUUCCUGAUUGCAAACACUACAGCGAGAAGCAAUCUUGCAAAUUCCUUAUAUUUCCAAAAGACAUCAACAAGAAGAAGAGCUGGAUAAAAGCAAUAAGAAGAGCAGGUAGAGAACCAAGUGAGCAUUCGUUAAUAUGCAGUUGCCAUUUUGUGGAUGCUGAUAAAAAAAAUGGUCCAACUAUUUUCCAACGGAAUCAACUAAAGAUGUUGAAUUUUCCCGAGGUGGAAAAAAGAGAAAAAACAGGUUACACACAGAAACUGCAGUGGCAGAAGUUGUGCAGGAGCCACAUCCAAUCGUGGUAACUGAAGAAGAUGUCAGUGUAGACCUACCACUACCAUCUACAAGCAACAGUGUUGUUGCAGUGGAAGUGGAGGUAUUAAAAAAAGAAUUGGAAGAGCUCAAAAGAACAAAAACUGUCCAACAACGAUUUACUUACACUAUGAUUUGAGACAGUGAUAAACUGGUAUUAACCCACACAGGUUUACCAAACAAGUCAG